GGGUAGUGGGGAGGGUGCUGCCGCUGAUUCGCUGCCGUCCGGUGCUGCGUCGCGUGGUGCAGGGUGGAAACGCACCAUCCAGCCAGCCAGCCUGCCUGCCUGCCCGCCCGGUUCCGUUCCGAGUGCCUCAUGCAAGCUCAGUAGAAGCAGCAGUAGGGAUGCCGUCAAUGGGAGCGUUUUGGGUUUUGCUUUGCGUGUGCCUGUGCGGCAGCCUGGCGAAGAAGCCUGCCCGCUGCCCUUCAACUUGCAGCUGCUCCAAGGAGUCCAUCAUUUGCGUGGGCUCCUCUUCUGUCCCCAGGACGAGCACCGGACACAUGAUGUUUUGUUGUGCUUGCAGGAGCAUCGUCAAUGGCACUUUCUCAGAGGUCAAAGAGGCGAUGUUCUCGCACAUGCCGUCACUCCAACUGCUGCUUCUCAAUUCCAACUCUCUUACCACCAUAAGGGAUGAUGCCUUCUCUGGCCUUCCACAUCUCGAAUACCUGUUCAUUGAGAGCAACAAAAUCGAGACCGUCUCCAAAUAUGCCUUCCGAGGACUCCGGGACCUCACCCACUUGUCCUUAGCAAACAACAAGAUCAAGGCGCUGCCUCGGGAUCUCUUCAGCGAGCUGGACUCGCUCAUCGAACUCGACCUGCGCGGCAACGUCUUCCAAUGUGACUGCCGAGCCAAGUGGCUGAUGACGUGGUUGCGGAACACCAACGCCACCGUGUCCGACGUGCCGUGCGCCGGGCCGGAGGACCUCAAGGACCGGCGCCUCAACGACAUGAGCUUGCAAAACGAGUGCGUCUCAACGGAUUUCAUCCUGCAUCAAAGCGUGAGCUCAGAAUCCCUGUCCGUCGACACGUUCGGCUACAAGAACGACGUCUUCGUGGCGGUCGCCGCUCCUGGCGUGGAGAGCUGCAUGGUCCUCCAGUGGGACCACAUUGAAAUGAACUUCAGGACUUAUGAUAACAUAACGGGUCAGUCCAUCGUGGGAUGCAAGUCGGUGGUGAUCGAGGACCAGGUAUUCGUCAUCGUUGCUCAGCUCUUUGGCGGCUCACACAUCUACAAGUUCGACGAGGACCAAAGCACCUUCACCAAAUUCCAGGACAUCGAGGUGUCCAAGAUCUCCAAGCCCAACGACAUCGAGGUGUUUCAGAUCGGCUCCGAUCGCUUCUUCGUGAUCGCCGACAGCUCCAAAGCGGGCCUGUCCACCCUCUACAAGUGGAACGACAACGGCUUUUAUUCCUACCAGUCCCUUCACGAGUGGUACCGCGACACGGACGCCGAGUUCCUCGACUUGGACGGGAAAGCGCACCUGUUGUUGGCGAGCCGCUCGCAGGUUCCCGUCAUCUACCAGUGGAGCCGCAGCAACCGCAAGUUUGUCCUGCAGGGCGAGAUUCCCGACACGGAGGACGUGGUGGCCGUCAAGCACUUCCGCAUCAAGGGCGAGCUCUACCUGGCCGUCACGCGUUACAUCGGAGACUCCAAAGUGCUGCACUGGGGCGCCAAGCAGUUCUCGGAGAUCCAGGCGCUACCUUCGCGUGGCGCCAUGAUCCUGCAGCCGUUCUCCUUCAAAGAGCGCCACUAUCUGGCCCUGGGAAGCGACUACACCUUCUCGCAGAUCCUUCUGUGGGAUGAUCAGCAGAGCGUGUUCGAGCGCUUCAAGGAGGUCUACAUCCAGGCGCCGCGAUCCUUCACCCCCGUGUCCACGGACCGACGGGACUUCAUCUUUACGUCCAGCUUCAAGGGCAGCACGCAGAUCUGGGAGCACGUCAUCGUCGACUUGAGCUCGUGAGUCCCUGCGCCGUGUUGCCAGGCUCGGACAAUCCAAAGUCUUCCGCAAAAUGAGGAGCGACGUGUCGGGGGAUUUGGCUCGCAAAUGGGUGCGAUUUUUAUUUUAUUUUUUUCAGAAAGUUGCCAGUAAAUUUCCGAGAAGUUCCGUGUCAAUUUCCAGGAAGUUAAGAUGGGGAACUGUGGAAAAUUAUCAGACUCAAGCCUUAAUAGGAACAUUUUUAUUUUCUCUGAAGCAGACAUUCUAUGACGGCAUUUCAAAAGAUUUACUUGCAACUAGCAUUUGAUUGAACAAUUAAUUACACUGGUCAACCCACAAAUUUUAAGUGGAUAUUGCUUUAUGUGUCCCUAAAUGUAUUUUUGAUGCUGAUUUGAAAAAUGUCUGGACUUUUUUUUCUCUGGCACAUCAGGUUUUUGAAAUUCUCAUUAUUUGUUUGACGUGUAAAAGCUUGCGCCAGAUGGAUUUUACCAUGCAUUUAAUUUCCAGCUAUGAUAUUUCAGAAAAAAAUGUUGACCCCUUUC